AUGUCUUCGUCGGCAUUAUCAUCAAAAACUAAUACAUUUGUUCAAAGUCAAGCACAAUAUUUCAAUCGACAAAAUAGUACAUUAAAUUCGCCUAUGAAUGUAAAUCGUCAAUCACCAAGUCCAUCAUCAACAUCAACUCGUAUAAUUGGACCAAAACCAUUUUAUCGUUCACAAAUAACUCCUGAUCCAUUUGAUUAUACAAAUAAUUGUCGUCAACAAAAUGAUUAUCAACAAUCUCGUCAAAGUCCGCUUCAACAUCGUUUUUCAUUUAAUCAAACAAACGUCAAUGACAAUGAUAAUGAUGGUGAUGAAUUUAUAUCAUCAGAUGAAUCACUUUCAAUUGAAUUUCCACCUCCACCAAGUACUUUUUCUACAUCACCAAUUAUCAAUAAUACUUAUCAAUUUAUACGUGUUAAAAAUCCAUUUGUUCAAACAAAUAUCGGUCGAUCAGAUUCAGUUUCAAAUCAUCAUUAUAAAUCUCGUUCUUCACUCUCAAAUUCAUACAUAUCUGAUCAUGAACCAUCAUCACCAACAAUUACAAAGACUUCACAGUACCGAUCGACAACACCAACGAAUAAUAAUUAUAAUAAUAAUCGUCAUAAGUUUUUUUUUUGUAAAGCUGUCAUCAGUGUUAGUUCAUCUCAAUCACCAGUUAUAACAACUGCACCUCGAGAAAUUCGUAUAUCACGACCUGAUUCACCAUCAAUAUCAAUCAAUAAUCGUCAAGAAAUUAAAAAUCAAUCAAUUAAUUAUGCUAAUGGAAAUGAUAAUGCUUUUCAUAUUUCACUUGGUACACCACCAACAACUACAAAUCAAAGAGAAGUAUCUGUAUCAUCUCCUUUAUCAUCGAUUCGUAUGCUUGGACGAUCAUUACAGUCAAUUCGUCAGAUGGAUAUGCAUCGCGAUUCACCUAUUGAUAAUCAAUAUACAUCAAAUGUAGUUGCUAAUCGUUUUAAACCAUUAAUGGCAUAUACAAGUGUGAAUAGUAAUAAAUCACCAGUAUUUGAUAAUUCAGAACGUCGAUCACCAUCUGUUGUAAAUCUUCUACCAACAUCUUCACAUCCAAAUUCAACACCAUUUACUAUGCGUAAUGGAAAUUUGAUAAAACGAGAUGCAUCUGAUGAUGAUCAUUUAACAAAAUUAUUAAUGAAAAGUAUGUGUGCAAGAUGGAAUGAUGGAAUGGUUGGAGAAGAAAAUGGACUUGUAGCUAUGGAUAGAAUGUAUUAUGUUUUACAUGUACUAUGUGUAGUUGUCGUUUACGUGAAUUCAUUAGAAAAAUGUGUUGUCUGUGCAAGACCAAUCCCUGAUAGAAUUCUGCGUGCAACGGGUAAACCUUAUCAUGCCGAAUGUUUUUGUUGUAUUGUUUGCCAUAAAAGUCUUGAUGGUGUACCAUUUACAAUAGAUGCAAUAAUGAAAGUACGCUGUAUUGAUUGUUUUCAUCAAAAAUUUGCACCACGUUGUUAUGUAUGUCAUCGGCCUAUAUUACCAAUGAAUAGUCAAGAAGAAACUAUACAUAUUGUUGCACUUGAUCGAAGUUAUCAUGUUGAUUGUUAUCGAUGUGAAAAUUGUAAAGUGCAAUUUACAAAUGAAGAAGGAUGUUAUCUAAUAGAUGAUCAUAUUUUAUGUAUUCAUUGUAAUAGUAUUUAUUCAAGAACUAUGUUUGGUCAUACAUAA